AGGAUUUUGGAAGUCAUUUCGACAAGUAUUAUCCAUUAGAUAUUGAAAUUUUCAGUAGUGAUGUUGAUGAAAGUAUAAUCCAAAUGUUGAAAUUUGAAGAUUCUAUUACUUGGUUAAACAGUCUUUUGAAGGAACAAUCAGAUGAUAAUAUAGUGAAAGUUACGAAGAAAAACAAGUAUAUCAAAUCUAUGGACCUAGUGAGUAAUUAUGAUUUAGUAUCAAACGGAAAUGACUCAAGCUCUACAAAGUCAUAUUUGUUUACAUUAAUUCAACAACUAAACAACCAUAAAGUUCCAAUUGAUUUCUUGGUUCCUAGGAAGUUUGAGUCCUAUUUUGAGGAUGUUAUUUAUACUAAAUUGUUGGCUCAAGGUUCCAAAACACAAGAUAAGAAGAAUGCUAGAAAUAGGCGAAGUCGGUUGGUUGAAAUGAGUGAGGAUGAAGUUAUGGAUGAAAGUGAUUUAGAGAAUGAUAGCCGGGGUAUUUCUGAUGGAGAAGAUGUUGCGUCCAUGGGUAGUGGAAGUGUUAAUGCAGGAGAUGAGCUAAUGGGAAUUGAACAAGUGCAGGAAGGGGACGAAAAAGAAAAAGAGAAGGAAGAAGAUAACGAAGAGGAUGGUGAUGAUGAGGUUGAACAACCAGAAGAGGUGGAAGAAGACGAAGAAGAAGAAGAAGAUUAUGAUGAUGAUGGACACCAUUACGAGGUAGAUGAGGCUACAUUAGCGUUCAAUAGAUUUUCAGGAAUAAGGAGACCGGGAUCAAAGGAUGAACCUAUUGGAUUUGGUAGUGGAGCGGUUCCAGAGCGUAGACCAAAAAACCAAAGGUGGAAUUCAGCUAAGGGAUUAACUCGGGAAUCGAAAUUAUCCAGACUGGGCUGGAGUGGUGAUGUUGGGAAUGAUCCAAGGCCAAACGUCAAUCGUGGAACUAGUACCCCUAAUAUGCCAACAAGUAGUGGUAGUGGUUCUAACGCUAGCUUUUUUAUUACUCCACUGGAUAGCGGAUCUAGUGGAAAUCCAAAUUCACGUUUUUUGGCUGAUGAAGCUCGUUCUUUACGAAAAAUACGUGGUCCUCGUGGACGUAUGCCUAUACCGGAGUCAUUCAGUCCAUUCAAACCUAAUCCUUAUGCUGGUAUGUCUACGCCAACAACUCGAUUAUCUGGAGAAGAAUCCCGAGUUCGUGCUAGUAGAUUAGAAGAACUUGCUCAAUUGGCUACCGGUAUAGGGCAACGAGAAGUGUAUGAUUUGAUCACAUUGGAAAUACAAGAAAGAUUGUUUAUGUAGAGGUAAUGCCAAAGUUAAAUAGGUUGCAACAUACACGUGUUUGUGUCGAACGAUUCCCACUAAUUGCAAAUGAGCAGAUUUUCGCAACAAUAUUCUUACUCUUACGCGUGAAAUAAUCGAAGAGUUGGCCAACCUUGUGCAGUAAAGUAAUGAAACGGAAUGAAUCUUGGUAAUCACAAUAGCAUCAUGUCUAAUCGAGGCAAAUACGCGUUUAGUGAAUCAACAAAACAAAAUAGUCUAUAGAUACAAUGAAUAUGGAACACCCAUUAU